GGUCUCCCCUGUUUCUCCCCUUCUUUGUAAAACCCUAAAACCUCGCCAUCGGCCACCCCAUGGCGGCCUUCAUCCGGGAGGCUGAGCUUCGGCUCCUACGCUGCACCCUACCUUCCCCGGCCUCGCAACCACCGCCCCCUUCACCUUCUCAAUCCAACUCGCUCGGCCACGUCGCCGCCUCCGUCCUCGCCGCCGUCGAGGCUGGGGACUACGCGGCGGCGCUCGCCUCCGCUGCCCCUCAUCUUCUCCACGCCUCCGCCACCACCGAGGAUUUACAUGGAUCCCCAGCGAAGUUCUAUGCGGACCUCGCUGCCGCUGCUGAGGUAUUCCUCCGUGGGGAUGGCGGAGGGACGGCCGACGAGGGGUAUGAGUGUAGGUGCGCGAUUGUUCUCUCCAUGGGGGUGGCCGCGCUGCUCGCAUUCACGCAACAGAACGUGACGGGGCCUUUGGGGAAGUUUUCGCCCUUUCCCUUCUGGACGUCAUCGUUGGAUGAAGGGUGGAAUAGUGAUCCUGGAGGCAAAUGGGAUGCAUGGGCUUCUGACCGUUUAGCUUCUUUUGGGUCCCAUGUUCAUGGAAAAUUCUCGCUCUUGCAGUACAUUGUCUUUGCAGAACUUCUGUUCACAAUCAUAAAGAGUCUGGACUCGUCUGAUUGUUGGAGUGUGUCAUGGUGGCUGUGUAGAAUAUCCAUAUCCCAGCAGAACAUUUUAGAUGAGCUAUCGUCCUCUUUGUUUGAUCAAUUACAAGUGUACAAGAAUAAAAUGUUGACCCACUUUGGUGAACAUGAAAAGGUUUCUAGCUACUGGGGUCCUUUGUUAUGUGAUGGAGAAGAUUCUUCUUUUGUCUCUGCUGCUUUUUUAGAAGCUGGAAUUGUGGAGUAUAAAUAUGGUCGAGUUGAUGCUUCAAGGUUGCAUCUGGAUAGUGCUCAAGAAGCAUGCGGGAUUCAUCUCUCUCUCACAGGGAUUCUUGGUUUUCGAACAAUACACCAGGUGGAAUCAAAGUCCCAAAUGGUACUUGUUGCAAAGACCACUAUACCAGCAGGGGGGAAAUCAACAGAACUUACAGGAGCUCAGAGUGAUGGCCUGGCUAUGAGAAACGAGAGGAGCUCUGUUCCUGGUGAAAGUGAUGAAUUUUGUGAUAUACUAAGAAUGCCUAGGCUGGCCCAAAAUGGCAAUGAUUCAAGUAGUGAAAUUACAACAUGUAAAAGCACACAGAUAUCCCUAACUGCAAUCCAGCAGGCUGCUGUACUUGCACAAUGUUUACAUGUGAGUCGGAGGAGUCGGAGCGAUGAAAUGUCUGGGUGGGAGAUGGCACCAUACAUAGAAUCAAUUGAUUCUCAAGACGAGUCUUACUUUGCGGUCAGGAGCUUGUGUGAUGUUUUGCGUAUUAGGUGGGAGUCCACCCGCAGUCGGACAAAACAGCGGGCACUGUUAAUGAUGGAAAAUUUGGUUGAAGAUAUCAGCAAAGAAUUUCCUGUGGCUUCACAAAGGGCCAAAUUGGUUUUUGGAGUCCAUAUGCUGACACUUCCUGCAUUAAGGAAAGAAUAUGGUGAACUUUUGAUAAGUUGUGGUGUAAUUGGAGAAGCGCUGGAUGUUUUCAAAGAUCUCGAAUUGUGGGAUAAUCUAAUCUAUUGCUAUCGAUUAUUAGGUAAAAUUGCUGAUGCAGUAAGUCUAAUAAAUGAUCGGCUCUCCGUGUCACCCUGUGACCCAAGGUUAUGGUGUUCACUUGGUGAUGCUACAAAUAAUGAAGAUCAUUAUAGGAAAGCAUUGGAAGUCUCAAAUAACAAAUCUGCUCGAGCACUGCGUUCUCUGGCUCGCAGUGCAUACAACAAGAAUGACUUCAAUGCAUCCAAAAUUCUUUGGGAAUCUGCACUGGCAUUGAAUUCUUUGUAUCCAGAUGGAUGGUUUGCCUAUGGCACAGUUGCGUGGAAGGAUAAAGAUCUUGGGAAAGCUGUGGAUGCUUUUAGUCGUGCCGUGCAGAUAGAUCCUGAAAACGGAGAAGCAUGGAACAACAUAGCCUGCCUGCACAUGAUUAGGGGAAAGAGCCCAGCGGCAGUCCAGGCAUUCAAAGAAGCUGUAAAGUUCAAGAGGAAUAGCUGGGAAGUUUGGGAAAAUUACAGUAAGGUUGCUUUGGACACAGGAAAUAUUCAACUGACACUUGAAGCUGUCAAAAUGGUUUUAAAUUUGUCCUUAAACAAACGCUUCAAUGUUGAUUUAUUGGAGAAGGCGAUGGCAGCUCUUGAUGAACAAGGCACACAUCUUUUUGAUCCGCAAGAAGCUGAAUCUGCAAGCAACACUUCAGAUGAUGCAAGCAAAGAGACCAGGCGAUCGAAUCAAUUAUUAGAUAUAAUUGGUGAUAUCCUUCAGCAGAUUGUACGAAGUGGGGCUAGCAAUGCAGAGAUAUGGGGAUUAUAUGCAAGAUGGCAUAAAAACAAGGGAAACCUCAUGGCAUGUUCUGAAGCAUUGUUGAAGCAAGUUCGAUCCCUCCAGGGUUCAGGAUUGUGGAACGACCAGAAGAAAUUCACAAAGUAUGCUCAAGCUUCUCUCCAACUUUGCAAGGUGUACAUGGAAAUUUCUUCCUUGACUGGAAGCAGACGAGAAUUAUUAUCAGCCGAGAUGCAUCUCAAAAGCUCCUUGAAACAGGCAACGGACUUCUCAGGUACAGAGGAGUAUCAAGCACUCGAUGACUGCCUUGUUGAACUAAAGGAUCUGAUUGGUGCUGCAAAAACUUAGCGAAAUCUCACUUGUGAAUCGUGGACACCUCAUCAGAAUGACAACCCUGAGGCCAUCUGGAUGGCGUAAUCUUGGUAAACCUUGUCAACAAGGAAGAGGUCUUGCCUCUCAAAAUACGGCACACAUCAUUUGUCAGGAAAGCGAAAUGGCUGGUUAUGUGUUAUACCUGUGUAACUUAAAGCUCAAGUUAUUUGUCUGAUGAGUGAUGAGAGCUGUGCUCAAGUUUAACUCCUAGUUCUGGUCAUGGAAUCUUGUUGUAAUCAAGUUUAACUCCUAGCUGUGGUUAAGUCGUGGCGAAUUGGGGUGUACGGCAUUUUGUAUUUUUCUCUUAUGGUUUGUUCGGCGAUUAUUUUUUCUUGUUCUGAAAUUUUGAAAUAGAGAAGUUUGGAACAAUCAAUAUAGUUUAUGAUACCUAAAA